AUUGUUACCCCCUGUUUCCCUCGCUCCAAGAUCCACAUGGGAAGACAGGAUAUGAGCAUUUUUAUGACGGGCAGAAAGGCGGUGGGUUUCUCGCGUGGCGACUGAAGUCCGUUCAGAGAGCAACGCGACUUCCAUUGAGGUCCAAGGAUUCCAGAAUAGAAGAGAAUGGAGGCCCCAUGCUAAGGAGAGAGAUAGGCCACUGUGAUGAUCAUCCAGAUGAGCAGAGAUUUCAAGAGCUCAUAUCUGUGAUGAAUCAUACAAACGACAGAGAAGUCAUCAUGAAGAAGAUGAGAGACACACUGGAAUAUAGACAGGGCCUUGUCCACGAUCCUGACAGAUCCUCCACUGUCCUUUCAGUAUUCCCGCGCCUGCUGGACACUAAAGGAUUGAUUCUCCAAGACUUCAGUCUCCUCUUUGGGUCAGAAACUCCAUCCAAACUACUGGAAAAAUGGCCAACCUCCUUCAAAGCAAAGGUCAUCCAACAGGCAGAAAUGCUGACUUCCACACCCUUGCUGAAGCGCUUGUUGUUGUCUGCCAAGAACCAAAGGGCUGAUGAACCAUCACUGGAAUCACCAGAGUGGGACAGUGAUAUGGCAUCCAUUCUCCUCCUUCUGCACCUCCUGUCACCCCAGCCUGCGGGAAGGAAGAAAACCCAGAAGAUCAGUGUAGCUCAGGCCAUUGACCAUCUGGUCGUAUUUCACAAGUCCUGUAGGAGUCUGGAUGAGCACCUUCAGAGCCAUAUGGGCAUCAGCCAGCCAUAUCUUCUUGCUUUAGGGACCAGCAAGGAGGCCGUCGGCAACUUCUUCAUUCUGAUCGACAAGAAGCUCAUCCCCUGUGAGGCCACCACUUCCUUAGCAGCAAUUGAUUGCUAGCUAUGAUCCAGCACUCAAAAGCAUGUACACAUUUUUGCAUUUCAUGGCUUGUAUCCAGGAAACAUUUUAAUUUGAUAUGCGCUCAGGAUGGCUGCUCAUUGCAGUUCAAAAGUUUUUUAGGUUUUAAAAAACACUUGAAGAAAUACCAUGAUAAGGAUGGGGUCGUUUCAAGCAAUAAUCCUUCAUCACCAGUCCAACAAGCUGUUAUUCUCAGGGAAGACAUUUUACAUGUUGGUGAUUCUGACAUGGAUCAAGAUUUGCCGAAUCAGCAGGCCAGUGGGUCUGGAUCUUCUAUCUCUAAAGAUCAGUCGAAAGAAAUGUGUGCAUCUAUUAUAGCCAAAUUACAGGGCAGUGGUGUUGCCAAUAGUGUUAUAUUGUCCAUUGUUGAAAGCAUGGAAGAGUAUGUUGAUGAAGUUCACACAAAUCUGAAGGAACAAGUCUUGAGUGUAGUGCCUCCUGAUAAUGCCUGUCGCAUCGCAGUUGAGGAAGUUUUCAAAAAUGUACAUACUUAUUUCACUGACUUUAACACAGACAGUAAAUGGAGGAAAUAUUUCAGUGACAAAUGGGGGGUUGUCGAACCAGUCGAAGUGCACUUGGGUGUUCGAUUCGAUUCAAAGAGAAACAAAAUCUCUGGAAUAUAUGAACAGGUACCAGUCAACGACACUUUCAUUUAUGUACCCAUCUUGAAGACCUUGGAGUUUAUUUUCAAGAAUGAGGAAGUAUGUCAACACAUUCAUGACACCAGACACAGUGACAUGUAUCAGGACUUUUCUGAUGGACAGUAUUAUAAAAAACAUCCUUUGUAUUCAAAGUACAGUAAAGCACUUCAAAUUCAAGUUUAUUACAACGAUUUUGAAACAGCAAACCCAUUAGGGUCUAAACAAGGCAUUCAUAAACUUGGAUGUUUCACUCUUCGUAACUUGCCACCGCGCCUGAAUUCUUCUCUAAUGAAUAUCCACCUAAUUUCAUUGUUUCACUCUCAGGAUGGGAAAAAGUAUGGCAUUGACAGAAUACUUAGUCCAUUGGUUGAGGACAUAAAAGUACUGGAACAGGGAAUGAAAGUGUUGUUUGCUGAGCAACCAAUCUAUGGUACCAUUGCACAGAUUACAGGUGACAAUCUAGGCUUAAAUGGCCUUCUUGGAUAUGUGGAAUAUUUCAGUGCAAACCAUUAGUGUAGGAUGUGUCUCACUGACAAAACAUCAGCUCAGACUGUGUUCACUCAGGAUGACCCGCGGGUGAUUUUGCGCACAAAACUGUUAAAUGAGGAACAUUACAGUCAUCUCAUUCAGAACCCAGGUGAAGGCCAUUGUUAUGGUAUCAAACGUAACAGCAUACUCAAUACCUUGUCAUACUUCAACAUAUGUGAUAACUUUGUGUUUGACAUAAUGCAUGACAUCUUAGAAGGUGUAGCACAAUAUGAAGUCAAGCUGCUGUUUUUCUAUUUAGGUGCCAAUUUCAUUUCUCGUGAGGGCAUUCUCCAAAGAGUCUAUGCAUUCAAUUUUGGCUAUUUGGACAAAAAGAACCGUCCUACAAGGAUAAACCUUGAACAAUCUGGCAACGGAAUUGGGCUCAAUGCCAGUCAAACACUGUGUCUUAUUAGGAACAUUCCGCUCAUGUUUGGUGAUGUAGUCCCAGAAGGUAACAGACACUGGUAUUUACUGUUGUUGCUGUUGCAUAUCAUCAAUAUUUUAUUUUCGCCCAGCAUUACUGAGGGAAU